AUGGCCGUGUUGAAAGCUGUUAUUAUUUUGUUAUUAUUUGGUCCUACAAUAAUCAGUGGAAAAGCACUUGAAUAUUUUACACCUGUGUCUUACCAGGAAACGAACCCGUGCGGGACGGAGUGGAACUACGAUACCUCAGCCUACAGUGUGGCUGUACAAUGUUCUGAAACGAAGAAACCUACACCAGACCCAUGUAUACCCUCCUAUGCGAAGAAAGUGGAGAAAGAAUACAUGCCAAAACAGAACCGUCUGUCUCCUCCAACUGAACCUUGUUCCUGUGAAGUAUGCUGCAAUCAAAACUGUGAGCCAUACGCCAAGCCAUAUUUUAAGCCACAGUAUAAACCAUCCCGUCAGCGAUGUCGUCGACCUCUCUAUGACCAAUGGGGGGACUCACUCUGUCAACAGUCUCUCUGUCCACGAAUAAAGAAGAAGAAAGAAGAAUUGGAUCCUUGUUCUAAGUUGUUGUCGAAUAUUCUACAAUUACCCAUUGUAUUAGUAGAUGGGAUUAUUGGACAGUAG